AAGGAAGGAGCAAGGAGGGAAGGAAAAGAGGUAGGUUGGAAGCAAGAAAAAGUGGGAAGGAAAAAGAGAAAGAAGGAAAGGACACAAGGCUCAACCCAGAUCCAGAGGGCAAAGAACUGCAUCUCUUCCAGAGCCAUGAACUGCAGCGAGAGCCGUCGCCUCCACCGCCUCCUGAUCCAACUCUGGCAGGAGCUUCAUGGUGGUGGCACCAACUCCAGCCCCAGCUUGCCGUCUCCGUUGCCGCCGGAGGCUGGCAGCUCUGCCCAAGCCGGGACCGAAGAUGAUGCCUACCUGUACAUCCUGCUGAUCAUGAUCUUCUACGGCUGCCUUGCCGGCGGCCUGAUCCUGGCUUACACACGCUCCCGAAAAUUGGAGUCCAAGCACGACCCUUACCACCUCUACAUCGAGAGGGACUGGGCACCUGGAGGGAGCAGCCUGGCCGGAGGGGCCAAAGGCAGGGAGGGUGGCCUGGAGGAAGGAGAAGCUCUCUCUGCUGAAAUCGCCGCUGCCUAGGAUGUCCUCUCCAUCACACUCAGCUUCCCAACAGACAAGACGGCAAAGAUCCAACCUCAAAGACCUUCGUUUGGACUCCUGGGCAUCAGAAGACUGCAGGUUCAGUGACACACUUGAAGAGUAUGGCGCAGAAAUGUGUUUUUAGCAAAUGUGGGGGAUGGAUAGUCUCCACCAGAAUUUCAAAUAGCGCCAGGCUUUGGUAUCUUAAUAAAAAGCAAAGCCUAGAUGCAUUACAUGAGGGGAAGGUGGGGGACUCUGUGUCUACAAGUCCCAGGAUCUCCCAUUCAACAUCAUAGCAUCUGGAUUUCUCUAGAAAAAGCAGUUUGGAAAUUUAUUUUUAGGUGGUAUGGGUAUCACAUCUCCCAUUGAUUGCUUUUCCAAAUGUGUUUGUGAUGUCUGCCUAGGAAACAUUAAAGACUUGGGAUG